AUGUCAUUGGUUGGUGAUUUGGAGAUGGUCCAAUUCCUUCAUAACAAUGGUGCACCGGCAACAAGAAACGCGAUGGAUCAUGCCAGCACUGUGGAGAUUGUUCAAUUCCUUCAUCAACAUCGCACCGAAGGCUGCACGACCAAGGCGAUGAACACGGCGGCAAAGAAUGGUCACAUCUCAAUCAUUGAAUACCUUCAUCACAACCGAACAGAAGGCUGCACUGUCAAGGCCAUGAACAAUGCUGCGAUGAAUGGCCACCUCUCAAUCGUUGAGUUCCUUCACAAACAUCGAACUGAAGGCUGCACCACUGAUGCGAUGAACGAUGCUGCCGCGAACGGACAUUAUGACGUCGUGGAAUUCUUGCAUCGCAACAGGAGUGAGGGAUGCACUGAGGGGGCGAUGAAUUGGGCAGCAUUGCUAGGCCACCUCUCAAUCAUACAUUUUCUCCAUCAACAUCGCACCGAGGGAUGCUCAGAGGAAGCCAUUAACAACGCUGCAUCGAUAGGGCAUCUUGACAUCAUCAAGUUCCUUCAUUCAAACAGAACUGAGCGUGGCACAACAUCAGCAAUGGACAAUGCAGUAUUGUCUGGACAUCUUCACGUCAUCAAGUUCUUGAAUGAGCAGCCCGACUACACUUGGACAGACUUUGCGAUUGACCAUGCCGCUUACAAUGGGCAUCUUGAAGUGAUCAAGCACAUUCACAACCACACACAUGAUCCAGGUUGCUCGACAGACGCUGUAGACGAAGCUGCCGCCAAUGGACAUUUGGAAGUUGUCAAAUUCCUUCUGACAAAUCGCACCGAAGGUUGCUCGGAACGAGCGAUGGAGAUGGCUGCCGAGAAUGGACAUUUCGAUGUGAUAAAAUAUCUUCAUCAACAUGUUGAUGAGGGGUGGAGUGAGGAGGUGAUGGACAGAGCCGCCACGUAUGGUCACCUGGAGAUAUAUCAAUUCCUACAUCGUAAUCGCACGGAAGGAUGCCACACUGAGUACACAUUGAACAAUGCUGGCAUCAAUGGACAUUUGGACGUUGUGAAGUAUAUCCAUGCCAAUCAAACAAACAUGUCAUUCAAUGAAGAGGGCGUGGACACUGUAGUGGAGAAUGGACAUUUGAAUGUAUUGGAAUUCAUACAUUACAAUCGAACAGAGUCAAGGUAUAUCACAUCAUCCACAAUGGACAAGGCUGCCAGAUAUGGACAUUUGCAUUAUAAUCGAUCGGAAGGAUGUACAAAGAGUGCCAUCAAUAAUGCAGCCGUCAAUGGACAUCUCGAUGUGAUCAAGUUCCUACAUCAACAUCGAACAGAGUUCAACUUUGAUCACACUGCGUUUGAAGUUGCCGCAAACUAUGGACAUCUGGACAUUGUCAAGGAUGACGACAAUGAUGAUGAUGAUGAUCUGCUACAAGUGGCAAUGACAGAGGCAACAAAUGGUGAUAAUCUAUCUAUUGUGAAGUACUUGGAUCAGUACAAAGAUGUAAAGUGUGGACCAGAGUUGAUGGAUAGAGCUGCAUCAGAAGGAUAUUUGGAAAUAGUUCGAUACCUUCAGAAUAGGACUGAAGGAUGUACGACAGAUGCCAUGGACGGGGCUGCCUCCCAAGGCCAUUUGGAGAUUGUCAAGUUCUUACAUUUCAAUCGCAGCGAAGGAUGUACAAAUAAUGCAUUCAACAAUGCCUCUACAAAUGAUCAUUUGGACAUUGUACGAUUCUUGGAUGAGAAUAGAACAGAGGGAUUCACUAGUAAAGCAUUGAAAGGUGUAACCAACCCAGACAUCUUGGCCAUACUAUCCAAACACAAGGUUACCAAAGGGUCCACUGGAUUAAAGUCAACCAAGAAGAGAUCCAAAUCCAAUCAAUCAAGGGUUCAAUCAACCAAGAAAUCAAAGAAGAAGUGA